UAUAGCGGAGCGAACGCUUUUUGAUAGUCUUGAAGGCCAAAAAAGGUUGCUUAUUAUGUGAGCUUAAUUCUCCUUUGAAUUCCGUUAUAUAAAAAGYAUGAAUCACUGUUCUUUUUGUCCUCCUACAAACUUGGUACCGACUGAUAGCGGUGCAGUGGGUGAUCAUCCAAGACCAACAAAUGAUUUAUACAACAAUGCCUGGURUCACUACCAAUCGUAUUUAUACUACUGGAACCUUUAYAAUGCACACAAUUCACAGAAUUUUCCUUUGUGUGAAUGCUAUGAAGACACAAGACAAAGUUUCCAACAUCAGUCUUUUGGAUUUGCAAACGGAUGCACUGAUUGUUCAUAUGAUAAUGUUAACCCCAAUGAAGGGUAUUUUGACACUGGUAAUGCUGGAGAACUUACAGACAUGACUUAUUAUAAGGGUGAAACUUUUAGUCAAGAAUGCACYSGUGAAGAUGCUGAUGAUGAAGAUGAAUUUGAAGUUGAUGAGAGUUUCUACCAGUUUCUCAAGCAGUCUCAAAAACACAAAAGAGAGAGAGAGAAAUUGAAAAGAGAAGCUGCAAAAACAGAUGAAUAUAUUGAAGUUGGUAAAAAGCAAAUAAAUGCUAGCACUCUACCACCUGAAGAACAUCAACAAGCAAAGAGGAAGAAGGAUAUGGAGAGGCUUUAUGGUGACAAGGCAUCAUUCAUUAUGUCAUUGGAAGCUUCAUUGCAGUUACAUUUUGACAGGAAUUUUGAUGUGAGACAACCUGUGUUUUGGCCCAAUAUUCCUUUAAAGUUUUAAAGUUUUUAAUAAAAAAAUGUAAGCAAAAUAGAACACUUCAUAUGGUACUGGUAUUUGAUGUUCAGAGCUUUUUAUGUAAAUGUCAACAUGUCAUAAAUGUAAUGUCCCUUUUACACGGAAUCCGGAAUCCAAGGUUACACAACGUUGCACAAGGAUCACAGAGGGGGAUAUCAUAGGGGGUUGUCAUACMACAACACUGCUGGUCCCCCCCUUUUUUUUGUCAACAGCUGCUAAAAAUCGAUAAAUUUUAAGUGUUACUUUUCGAUAUUCUUAUUAA